AUGUGGAAAAUGUGCCCGUUUCACUUCGGACUACUGCUGUGUGCCCUGUGCGUAACCACACAGGUGGUGUCUCAGAACCUGACCCAGGUGAACGCUACAGCCAGCACCAACACAAACACCACUCAGCAGCCCUAUAGCAGCUCCACCAACAGCACCUCUCCCACAGGGGCUGGGGCGGGGCUACGCUCGGGCGGUAUUGGAGCUCUGCUGGCCCCUGUGUUGCUCGCCCUGCACCGCUACUGCUGA